GCUUUCAGGCACUGCGAAUCUGAACUGACGAGGAAGAAAGGGGCCAACCUCCCGCGUUGCAGUUACUUCCUGAAACAUGAGCCUACACUAGAUUUAGCUUCCUAGUAACAACGAUCGCAACUGAAGCUAGCUGGCUAACCCUAAAUGCAUCAGGGUUCAUUGUCCCUCCGUUGUUUUCGCAAAUGGCAUGGUUGAGAGACGGAAUAGAAACAUGUCUCUUGAUGAAGGUGAAUCAGAGGAGAGUCACUGGGUGGAGACACUGUUCCCCCCUCACUUUUCCUUUCAGAGCCUAGUGGAAAACAAACAGUCCACUGGUCAGAGUGAGAAGUCUGGGGGCAGGGCACCCUGGAGCCCAGCCACUCAGUACGACCAGGAGGGCUCUGGGAGGCAGUACAUCUACAAGGCUUCACUACAUGUUCAGGAGAGAGAAAAACCGAGAAAGGAGGAGCUGGUAAAAAGGAUUUCCACAGAUGACUCUGAGGAGAGCGAGAAGCAUGUGUAUGACAGUGAUUCAGCUCCCAAUCAAAAGGAAGAGGUCACAGGAGGACCAAAAGGAGAGAGCAGCAGUUGCAUUUGGACUAAUCGGGAUAUUGAUGCCUUCAGGAAAGUUCUGCGUUCGAUGGAAGAGGACCGGGGCAGGCUAAGAUCUCAGCUCAGGGACGCCCUGGUAGAGUUGCAAGGGCAGGAGGACACGAAAAGGCAGAUGCAGGCUCUGCUUGAGGAGAGCGAGCAGAGUCUGGUAAAGGCCAAGCAAGAUGCAACACUGCGGGCUAUAAACAUAAAAGCUCUUCAGGCAGAGGGCCAUAGGAUGACUGUCAAGCUUCACAUGGAAGCAGAACAGGUCAAACACAUUAUGGAGGAGAAGACAAGACUGGAGGAGAGACUGAGGACAGUUACAAAAGAGGUCCAAGAUGUUAGGAGAGAAAACUGUAACUUGACUUGGGAUAUUGAAAAGCUUAGGAAUCAUCUGGGGACUGAGAUGGACAGACAAAAAAAGGCCAUGAAGUUGGAGCGUGAUGUGGCUCUGCAGAAGUUGCAGCGAGAGCUGGAGGAGACCAAGGCACAGCUGCAGAAAGAGAGGGACAGCCAUACACGCAGUUGUACCGCUUUGGAUCUUCUGCGUAGGCACUUUAACAACCAAUCACAUGAUAGGGCACAAGGAACACCACGGGACAAGAUCACACAUAGUUAGCAGUAACCAUAGGGGUACUUUUAACACAUGGGCAAUUAUUAUUGUAUGUUGUUUUGUGUGUGCAAAGAAUAAGAUAUACAAGUGAACAAUGUGGUGUUUUAAAACUUUAAUUUCAUAUAUGCUUCCAAACAUUCACCUUUUAAAAUAAAGCUAUGUACACUUUAAAUCCUCUCCCACAGUAAAUAAUGAAAAUAUCUGAAACACAAAAGGCUAUGGGGGAAAAAAGAAGGCAAUAGAGUGAAAAAAGUAAAGCACAAAAAAUGUUUACAGUUCAAAUGGAAGUAUCUAAUCAAAAACCAUUAAGCUAGGUUUGAUCUUACAUUUUUUAUUCCUCACAAUAGCCAAUGAGUUAUCAAAUAACCAAGAGGUAGGGUCAUGAAUAUAUAGUCUAUAUAUUUUUUAAAGGACUUAUGGGGGCCACCAGUUUCCUUGGUAGCGUCUUUCUGUUCUAUUGUUUUACAUGUACCACAACAGGUUACAUGGAUUUUCCCAAAACAUUUCAAAGAACUUUCAAGGAAACCACACUUCUAUUCAGGAUCAUUAUAAUUUGGUUUGUUGUAGCUUACAUGAUUUAGGAUAUUUAUGGAAUUUCUGAAUUCAUAAAGGUUUACUUUUGUAUUUGUGAAAUCAUAUUUAAUUGCUCAAUAACAACAAUAUAUUUUAAUGCCAACUACUAUGCUAAUUGCAUCUGGUGCUGCUGUAAAUUCAGUGCUACAUGUUUGGGACUUGUAAUGUAUACUUUUCUUUUAUGUAUUAACUUUGGUUUGACAAAA